CUUUCGAUUCGUUGUACAAUAUUUUGCCACAUCGAUUUUAGUUUUUUGAAUUUUGUGUUAAUUGUAUAAAAAUAUAUAUUUUAUUUAUAUUAUCAGAGUAUUAUUAGAAUGAAGUUUGUACAAAUAAAUAGUGCAUAAACAAAAUUAUACGUGCGCUAUAGUCAUUUUAGAAAACGUGCUAAAAGAAAUCACACGCGAAAAUAACGAACUCGCGAAACAGCUGAAACGGCUUCCUUUUCCUCUCAGUAAUAGCAGCGAAAGAGGAAGCAAUAUUCGUGCUACGACCAUUUUGAAAAGAUGAACGAACAACAGCAGCAGCAGCAAAUACGUGUAGCAAGAAGACAGCCGCGAAAGAUUUUGGGUAUCAAUGCGCUUGAAACAACUGCGCUUCCAAGUGGAUUAACUGGAACAAAUAUCAUAUUGUCAUCGCCAAAGAGCAACGUAGCUUCAUUAUCAGUAAAAUUACCGCCAUUGGAACACAACGCUAAUUCGUUGCCACAGCAGCAACAACAACAGCAUACGGUCUCUGGCGGAAAUACGAAUUGUGCAGCAACAACAAAUUUACCGACGACACACGUUUUAACAGCUCAACAACAGCAACAAAUGGAACGCUUACGUUUGGCUAAUAUGAUGAAUCAAGAAAUGCAUGCUUUAUGGCCUUAUGGUACGGCAACAUUCUUAUCACCUAUGUUACCAGCACCAAAUAUGGCUUUGCCUUAUGCACUCGCUGGCACGUUACCUUACGCCGCUGUGCCCAUAUAUCCAGCAGCCGCCGCCGCGGCUGCAGCUGGCAUGCAACAAAAUAUGUCGAAUGCGCCACCGCAUCAGUGUAACAAUAUGUCGCCGAUAACUUCCACAAAUGUUUUAACUGGUUCGGGCGCAUCUUCGGAAUCCACCAGCAGUACGGCAUCUUCCGGGGGUGUGCCAACUAUGCGUACUCAAGCAAAUGAUUCAAAUAAGAUAAAUAUUCAAAUUGGUUUGCAAUGCGUUAGUCAGAAUUCACCACUCAAUUUUAAUUCAAUGAAUGAGAUUAAUGCCUCGUUAGCUAAAGUUAAUUUGCUGAAUUUUUGUGCCGGCGCACCGGAAAAGGAAAAUAAAGAGUCAUCAUCACUGCGUAGUUCACCUAUUUUAUUAAGUUCAGAUGAUCUCAACAGCAGUUCUGGAAUUGGCAGCAAUAACGCCUUGAACAGUGGCGCUGGCGGCGAUGCCACUAAUGCUACCAAUUCGCCUGGUAGUGGUGGUAGUUGCACCGUAACACUUUCACAAGCUAAAUUCAAUGAACUAACACGCCUGGCACUACGUGGUAGUGAGAUUGCCGAGAAGCUGGCAUAUACUCAUCGCAAUCGGCCUUGCUUCAAAAAAAUUGACAGCCUAUGUGCGCGCAUGAAGCAGGAUCUUAUACGUCCAGAUGGUGUACUACCAAAUAUAAACUCACAGGGUAUAGCUUGGGCAGUAAAAGACUUCAUUUUCGUAUUUACCCGUGUUAUCAAUGCUUGGAUUAUAAUUAAAGGAUAUGUUUAUAAUACCCCAGAAGGACUUAACAAAGUAAAAUCUGCACUAAGUCCCGAAUUCGCUGCUAGUUUUGCAGCGUGGCAAGACACUACAAUGGAUUUUGUCGAGAAUCUAAUAAAAUCAUUUGUAAAUCUAGAUAAUUUAGUACAAUCGCAAAAGAAUGUUUAUCAGAAUUCGGAAAGUAAUAGCGCACGCGCACCGUCGAGUAAUACUACACCAAUUAAAUUCCUACAACCAGUGAAUACUUUGAUUGACGACUCUUUUGAUUUCCUUAACGCAUCAACCGAAAAAUCACAACAUAAUUCGCUAAAUAAAAAUUAUCUCUACACAAUGGUUGAAGACUCCGAAGGUAGUCAACGUCAGGCCACAGUAAAUGGCACAUAUUUCAAAACUGGCACUUAUAAUCCCAUCAAAAAGGAUGCUUUACUUGCAGAUCAAACAAGUAAUUCAACAACAAGUAUUUCCAGUGCUUCAGCAACAAAUACAGUUACAGCUCAGCAAUUACUCUCCACCAAUAAUCCACUGGAACAAUAUUUUGAUGAACAAAUUUCGAAAUGUUGGCCACCAACGACGGAGGUGGAUACUACAGCAGCAGCCGCUGCAGAGUAUUUGAAAAUAAAAGAGAAAAUUCCACCGAAUUGGUUAAGUUAUGAUAUACGUGUAUUGGAGCAAAAUUUAUCAGAAUUUUCAAAUGAUUAUGAUCCAAAUGCACCGCCACGACCAUUGGGCAAAGAUCUCAUUGAUAAAUUGAAUGUGAUGAUUGAACGUUUGAUGGCAAUGAAAAAUGCAGAUUUAUUUUUCAAAUCGCAGUUCACCAAGAAUUAUUUCCCCGAAUUCAUUUCUAAACAUAAACACGAUUUCAUGGAUGUUCGUUCGAUUAUACUCAAGUGUCAAGUGGGCGGCUACCAGCAUAUUUUCGAAGUAGUGCAUGAUGUUAAGAAAAUAGUGCACACUGGCAACGAGUUUUUAAAGUUCAAUGUUGACACCAAAUUGCAAAAAUCAAUUAUUGCUUUCGAAAGCGAAUUCAAUAAAUUACUCAGUGAACCACCAUUUGAGAAUUAUCAAUUCGAACAUAUUACCGGCGAGCCAAAGGAAAUGCUCUACAAUUGCCGCAACAAAUAAGAGUAACAAUCUUAAUUAGUCAUAUAGAUAACUUAAACUAUAUAUGUAUUAGUUUCGUCGUUAAAUUGGAAUGUGUUUGCAGAAAUUAAGAGGAGUUCAAUUCUGCAGAUUUCGAAAAUUAGUUUAAGUUUAUUCAAUUGCUUGUUUAACAAAUUUUCGUUGUUUCACUAAACUUCAAUAACAAACAAGAGUGUGUUUAUACAAUUUUGCUUACAAAUAGUGAAUGUACGUUUUACAAAAAUUCAAAUUUUAAUGUAUGAAAUGUAUGUUACAGCGGAAUACGCAUGUAGAAACUUAAGAAUUUUUUUGCAUUCUUGUUUUUUUUUUUUUUGGUUUGUCCAAUUUGUACAAUUGUGUGUGCAUUCGCUUUUGUAUAUACAUGCGCAUGUGCGUUGCUUUAUCAGAUUAUAUAAACUUUAAAAUAAGACUAUUUUUUGUGUGUAAAAUUAUAGAGUAUAGUAAUGCAGAUAUUCAUAUGUGUAAAUACGGCAGAUAUUUUCAUGUAUGUGCAUUUACAAUAUAAAUAUAUUUUAAGUUUUUAAAUUGCAAAAAAAAAAAAAUGAAUUGAAAAGUUCGCAAACAAAAGUUUCAGUAAAAGUCAGUUUUUAAUAUUGCUGACUAUUAUUAAUUUUAAGUUGUUUAAAUUAAAUUUUUUAAAGAAAAGCAAACAAAAUUUGAAAUAUUUUAUUUUUAGCCAUUCAUUUCAAAAUCUUUUUUGGUAGCGUCAAAUAUUUGAACUAACUGUGUUAAUUAAAAACUGAUUAGAAAUGAUUGCAAGCAAUAAUUAUUUAGGAUAUCUAUAGCUGUAAAAAAAUUUAAACUAAGCAAUUUAUUAUAAAACUCGUUAAGAGCGCAAUUUCGAAAUGUAAAACUGAAUGAGUCCGGCUGUAAAAUAGGAUAUAUGGAAAUAUCUAUGAAUUUAUUUUAAUCAAUUUAGUAUAUAAAUAUAUGUAUGUAAUGUAACGGGUUUGCUCUUUUGAAAUGUCAACCAAACUUCGUUUUAACCGCUUGAAAAAAUAUAAAUAUGCUUACAUAAUUAUAUAAUUUA